AAAACGACCUCUCUGUUCGGUUAAUUAGCGCGGAUUAAGAUCGAUCAAAAGGCUGCAUCUACUAAGUUCGAGUAAAAGCAAGCCACCCGUUUCAAUCCAUGGCGGCGACAGCGGACAACGGCGAAAAGAUGAUCCUCCUGAUCAGCUCGGACGGCGAGCGUUUUGAGCUGUCGGAGGCGGCGGCGAGUCAGUCAAAGACGUUAUCCCACAUGAUCGAGGAUGACUGCACCGACAAUGGGGUUCCCCUCCCCAACGUCACCGCCGUCGUUCUCGCCAAGGUGGUCGAGUACUUCAAGAAACACGCCGCCGUCACCCCCAAGCCGGCCACAGAAGCCGUCGCCGCUGAUAAAGCGAAGAGGGAGGAGGAGCUCAAGAGCUUCGACGCCGAGUUCGUCGACGUCGACAGGACGAUGGUGUUCGAGUUGAUUUUGGCUGCAAACUUCUUGAACGCGCAGGACCUGCUAGAUCUGACCUGCCAGCACGCGGCGGACUUGAUCAAAGACAUGUCGGUGGAGGAGGUCAGGGAGGUGUUCAACAUCACCAAUGACUUCACGCCAGAGGAGGAGGCGGAGGUCCGUAAGGAGAACGCUUGGGCUUUUGACAACUAGGGUAUCAAAGAUUGAUAUAAUUUAGGCAUUUGUCAUUAACUAUCGUCGUGUGUUAGUUACUAGUACUUAUUUAGCACUGAUAGGAUUUAGCUGUUUAGGUG